AAUUUCGAGUAUACUACACAAGAAAUCGAGGAGCGGAGGAGGAAUCCAGAGAGGUAUAUGAAGCAUCGUUCAACCCUCGAAAUUGGAAUGCAGGGCUGUUUCGCGCUCAAUCAUCGAGGGUCUGCGGACCAAACAGCAGCAAGGGUCACAUUUAACAAGAACAUGCGAGGACGACUGGACAAGAGAAGCUAUAUAACCGAUCUUCUCAUUCCAGAAUUCUCCCCGCUAUUUAAGCGGCUUACUCCAGGACCUGGGUAUCUAGAAGCCCUAGUUGCGGUCGACGUUGACAUUCAUCUUGGCGAGGAUCUCGUACAUCAACGCAGCUGGAAUCACAACGACCGAAGGUAUUCAUUGACCAGUGGAUGCAAUAAUCACUGCGACAGGCUUCGAUGCAUCGUUUCAAGGCCGCUUCCCAGUUUAUGGAGGUGGUAUAAAUCUACAGCAACAAAAAAAGAUAUGCGCGGAGACGUAUGUAGGUGUUGCUGUCGACCAGUUUCCGAAUUUCUUCCAUUCGCUGGGUCUUGAUUCCGGCCUUGGAAACGACAACCUGUUACUUGUUGUCAAAUCAAUAGCGAACUCUAUUGGCCAAGUGCUUGAGAAGCUAUCAAGAGGCAGUGUUAGGAUGAUCGAGCCUAAGAGGAAGUCCGUGGAGAACUUCACAAAUUAUUGUGAUGCAUUACUUCAGCGACUCUUCUUUUCCCGCUGAAUGCGGUGGUUGAUGCAAGCUCCCAUUACCUGACGCCGAUGCAAAAGAAAGAGAACGUGGGAGGGCGACAGUUCUGUGGCCUGGCAGUAGUAUCCAUGCAUCAUGUGCUCUGGAAAGGGUCAUAUUUGAGGAUUACGAGAUCACAGCCUUCGAAAACGAGUUUGGAUGGAUGGGCGGUGGCGGAACG